AACCACAGCCAAUCGACGCAGAAGUUGAACGCUCUGGAGGGUGGAAAGCGUGCGGGGGAGGUGGCUGCUUCCGGCUGGGCCGAGGGGUUAGUUGCGUACGUUGAAGGACACCAUCUGCCGAAUUCGAGCUUUCUUCAAGAUUGAAAUCAUGGCAGGUCCAGAAGCUGAUGCCCAAUUCCAAUUCACUGGUAUCAAAAAAUAUUUCAACUCUUACACUCUCACAGGUAGAAUGAAUUGUGUACUGGCCACAUAUGGAGGCAUUGCUUUGUUGGUCUUAUACUUCAAGUUAAGGUCUAAAAAAACUCCAGCGGUGAAAGCAACAUAAAUGGAUUCUGAACUAUACCUCCUCUGUUAAAGUUCCCAGGCCUAGAGAAGCUAAUGUCAACUCAUAAUGUGAUACUCAAUUUGUACAAUAAAUUAUGAAUCUGGAAAA